CUAAUUGGAUUCAUCACACCACGGUGUGGAAGCACGGUUCAUUCUCACUUCGUUUAAUAAUUUCUCAAAGAGACCAGUGUCCGAUCGCAGCAGCGUCCUCCAAUGUUACCGGUAAUGGGAGAGGGUACGUUUACCGGUAGUAUCCUGCGAAAUAUUGUAUCUAUGGUUUUACCAAGAUUGGCAACCGAGUGCUUACCAAUCUGGAUGCAUGUAUGUAGAAUGGCCAGUGGAUCUUGGUAGCUACAAGGUAGACGAUUCGUGAACCGGACCUCUGCUGUGCUGUCCUGUUCUGGCUGAAUGACAGCUGCCAAGAAGAAGUGCUCGCGAAGGCUGCCUCAACUUGUAGUAGCAUUGCUGAUUGCGUUGGUAGCGCUUGGUAACGUACGAAUAGUGCAUCGUCUCCGUGUUGUAGAAGGAGAUGCCCCGACUGAAACAACACAAAAUAAUAAUGGUGAAUGGGUAGUAUUAUUGGAUAAUAGUAAUGACAAGAAACAAAGAUUUUCCCGGGUCAAGGCAGCCCUGCAAAAACUGGAAAGUGAUUCUGUCCUGACCACCAAAUUCACUCAACGCCAACGUGUCCUCGACAAGGGAUACCCCGUCCAAUGGAGUCCCUGUGUUCUGGAACGGAUUCUUCGCCAUGGUCGUCGUCUUCGUGUCACGGUCGUGGGAGGAUCCAUGGCGGCCCGGGCAGGACAACAAUGUAGUAGUACUGCUACCAAUAACAACAAUCCAUUGGAAGGUCGUUACAGUGACCUCCUGGAACAACGGUUUCGCAAUAAGGAUGCUGCCUUUGAGAUGAAGGUGCAGAAUGUGGCGCAGGGAGCCACAACGUCCGUUUUGAGUGCGCUGCAAUUGGAUACUUUGAUUAUCCCGGAACAGACCGAUGUGAUUAUAUGGGAUCACGCUCCCAAUGACAGCCCCCUAUGGGAAGAGAUGAAUCGAGGCGGCACGGAAGAAGAGAUUCGAAAACUAGACUUCUGGUUGACACGAGUUAGACUUCUGUAUGCCCAAAAUGGGAAACCUCCUCCGCCCCUGAUCUUGCUGCAUUGGUGGCCACCCGAAUGGUUCAAGCAGAAGAACGGCAUGUUGGUCGACUUGGAUUCACACACCCGAGAUCAUGUUGGUGCUCUGAUUCAAUCGUACCGAACUGCUGGCUGGGAAAUUGCCGUGGUGGACGUAGGAGCUCCCAUAGAGGUUACGCCCUCUCUGCAAAAGCACCAUCGUAUGCUUCAUGACGACCCCGUUCAUCCUUCCUGUCUCAUGACGAAUUUUGUAGCCGACAUGCUGCAACAUGCCUUUUACUCCAAUUGGCCCAGCAGCGGAUCAUGCCCUCUCCCUACGAGUAAGACCGCUGCCAGUAUUACUAAUUCAUGGCCACCCCACAAGUCAAUCGCAUGGUACGACCGAGACCAGGCAUUGUGGACCGAUUUGUUCCAUGAAAACGCCAAAAUUGCCAGUCUCAAUUCCUGGGAACCAAAAGUGCGAUUGUCCAGUCUGCAGAUUGGGCAUCGGCAAGAGAUUGCAACCACGUGGCCCACUGUGACUUGGGAACAAACGGACGAGCUCCGAGCGGAUCGAAAGAAUGGAUUCGUGCUGCCAGCAUGCGACAAGGGCAACCGGACAGUUCAGAUCCUGAACGAACCGGACAUGAAAUGGCUUGGUGUGUCUCUAUUGAGAGGAAACAAGCUGAUUGUCAAUGAUUUGCUAGUGGAUGUUCCGGCACGAGAACCCAAGGACGACCCGUAUGCUUGGCCUCAUCAUCAUUUGAGUCGAUGGAUACGCCUUCCGGAUCAUGUACCCAAAUCAGAUUCCUACAAUGUGUCAAUGUGCUGCAACUGGAAGAAGGGAACUUCCUUUUUUCAGUUUCUGAUUGCUGUUUCGCUUCCUGAACAAUAGUAGCUAGGAGUAGGUUCCUCAGAGUGUCUGAAGUUAACUGAAUCGAAUCUAAUCGAAUCAUUCCUGGCGGUGUCUGGUGGGGCGUUGUUCUUGUUUGCAUCGAAUCAACGCCACAGCGGGUGAAUCGCCGACUGGAACCCCGAGCAUCAUUUUGAAGAAUCGCUCGCUUUUCCACAAAGGCAGGCUUCUCACCAAGCUGUUAGUUCUGACUAUAGACGAGGAUAAACCACGCAUCAUCACCAUCAAUCGCGACGCCACGAUAGCGGCAGCCAGCUUGCCAAUACACCAGCUUAUUUCCAAUCUAUAAUAACCCACUCCACGGAGUCGAACAAGAAACCCGUUUCGUGAUAAGCCAGGACUCGGUCGCUAACCACAGCCACAAC